AUGUGUAAAACUCUGAGAGACAACUUUUUUAAAGUAAGGGAUACGCAAUUUAUCUCUGUCAAACAGUUUGUCCUAAAAAAUGGCACACUCUCUUACUGGAAAUCGCAGUCUGAAGUGAACAGGAAACCACAAGGCCAGAUAGGUCUAGGCGAAGCCUGCAAGAUAUCCAGGAACGAAGGCGCGGCCACCUUCGAGAUCUUCACCGGGAGCAGAACUUAUUACCUCACUGCUGACAGCAUCGCCACCAUGGAGGAUUGGAUACGGGUGCUACAGAACGUCCAAAGGAGGAACGCAACCAAACUGCUUUUGAGUAAAGAGGACAACAAACCAACGAUCCAAGGAUGGCUCACCAAAGUGAAGAAUGGACACGCGAAGAAAAGCUGGUGUGUACUCAUAGGGAAAAUGUUCCUGUACUUCAAAUCGCCCGGGGAUCAGGUAAACACCUAG